AAAAAAAAAAGUGUCUCUGUAAUGACGGAUGCUUGAGCCGUAGUUUUCCCAAUGUUCGACACAGUAGACUGUGCGCAGCCUUCACUCCAGUCAUCCUGGCGAGCCGUGGCUUAGGCUAAAAAUACUUCCCCAAACUCCCUUUGUAACACACAGAAAAUAAAGGAAAGGAGGCUGAGGAGGAAACUGGAGCUACCCAUCUCCGUGCUGCUGAAGCUUUUGGGAGAGUUCUUUAUUCUUUUAAACUUUACGGGAAGAAGGCGAGGAGGAGAUAAUGCAGGCGCGCUACUCCGUCUCCAGCCCCAAUUCUCUGGGCGUCGUGCCUUACAUUAGCAGUGACCAGAGCUACUACCGGGCAGCGGCCGGUGGAGGGUACACCGGGAUGCCUGCUCCCAUGAGUAUGUACUCUCACGCAGCCCAAGACCAGUACCAGGCCAGCAUGGCGCGUGCGUAUGGACCGUACACCCCGCAGCACCAGCCCAAGGACCUGGUCAAACCUCCGUACAGCUACAUCGCCCUUAUCACCAUGGCGAUACAGAACUCACCGGACAAGAAGGUGACCCUAAACGGAAUUUAUCAGUUUAUCAUGGAGAGGUUCCCGUUCUACCGAGACAACAAACAGGGCUGGCAGAACAGCAUCCGCCACAACCUUUCCCUCAACGAGUGCUUUGUCAAAGUGGCCCGGGACGACAAGAAGCCCGGCAAAGGCAGCUACUGGACUCUGGACCCGGACUCCUAUAACAUGUUCGAGAACGGCAGCUUCCUGAGGCGUCGCAGACGGUUCAAGAAGAGUAAUGUUCAAAAGGACAAGGAUGACAGGCAAGGCAACCUGUCAGGGAGAGGAGCACCGGAUAUGGAGAACGAGCAGCCCGUGCAGGGCUCACAGCCCGUGCGCAUCCAGGACAUAAAGACUGAGAACGGGACUUCUACUCCACCACAGGCCGAGUCCCCCAGCCUGCCUGUGCCCAAGAUAGAGAGUCCUGGCAGCAGCAGCAGUAUGUCCACCGGUAGCCCUCACAGUGUGCCCUCUGCCCGGUCCCUCUCCAUGGAGGGCCCCGAGCUUCAUCAUCACGCCCAGGCCGCAGCGCAGGGCUUCAGUGUGGACAACAUCAUGACCUCAGUCCGGGGGUCGCCUCAGGGCACCACGGAGCUCACGUCCCCUCUUAUCGCAUCUUCUAGGACAGGUAUAACCCCCUCUCUAUCUCUUAACUAUUCCCCCAACCAGACGUCUGCUUACAACUCACCAAACUGCAACCAGAACUCAAUAUCUACAAACUCUAACGCGACGUACCAUUGCAACAUGCAAGCCAUGAGCUUGUACGCCGGGGACCGAGGAGGCCACCUUGCGCCCUCCACCACCGUGGACGAGACUCUGCCCGAUUACUCCAUCACCACUACGGCCACAUCCCCGCUCGGGCAUGGCAACCUGAGCGCGGGACAGGACAGUGGUCACCACGCGAACCAGGGCCGACUUGCGUCCUGGUACGGAGACCUGGGACAUCUGGGCACAAGCUACCCGGCACAGCAACAGAACUUCCACUCGAUGCGAGAGAUGUUCGAGUCUCAACGGAUCGGUUUGAAUAGCUCUCCGGUUAACGGAAAUAAUAGCUGUCAGAUGGCCUUCCCCUCCGGUCAAUCCAUCUACCGUACCUCCGGAGCUUUCGUUUAUGACUGCGGCAAGUUCUGAAAAUAACAAAAACAAAAAUGUUUUUUUAAACGAAUAACUUUAAUAUAUAUAUUGCCUUCUUUUUGUACUUUAACCUCCCUCAUUCCGGUCCUUUAUUCAUCCUCAAAUGGACUAAACAGAUUGAGAGUGGUGAGAUUUGUUCUGGUGUGUAUGACAGACAGAGAGGCGCGUGUUACAACACCGAAUAACACGUAAGUUUUUAUCUCUCUCACUUUGGGAACUUUGUUUUUAAAUAGUGUUGCUUUAACAUCCAACAUUUUAUUAACUUGUUAUUCACUGUAAAUUGCAUAUAGUAAUUUAUUAAUAGAAAGUAAGGGAGUAUAGUUGGAUGUUGUGGACCAAACACCAAAAAAGUGUUUCCAAAUUGAGGUGCCUUAAAUUGUCCUACAUAUUGUUAUUUUGUGAAAUAGGAGGGGAACUUGUAUACCGACGUAUUCUAUAUAUUUUUUUGUUCCAUAUUUGUUGAAAUUAUUCUGAAGGCAUUGCAUUGUUUGUCUAAUAAAUUGACAUUCUAUUUGAUUUAAA